AUUUUCUUCGUGCCUGCUACAUCACUGAACGCAAAAAUGUUCUACAUCAAGGACAAUUACACAGUGCUUAGGCCGGAACCACGACUCUCUCCUGAAACGCGUUACUUGGGAUGGAAUGUGGCUCCGGAAGAUUUACCUCAUAUUCCGGAACAUUGGCUGAAGUAUCCUGAACCAGAAUCCUCACUUCAUUAUUUAUUGGGAUUGCUGUAUAUUGCUUUCACGAUAUUUUCCUUGGUUGGAAACGGAUUGGUUAUAUGGAUUUUCUCAUCUGCAAAAUCUUUAAGAACGCCAUCAAAUAUUUUCGUCGUAAAUUUAGCCAUAUGUGACUUUAUUAUGAUGCUCAAAACUCCCAUAUUCAUCUAUAACUCAUUUACUAAAGGAUUUACAACUGGCUUUCUGGGUUGUCAAAUUUUUGCAUUUAUGGGCUCCAUUUCCGGUAUUGGAGCCAGUGCAACAAACGCAUGUAUUGCUUACGAUAGGUACAACACCAUUGCCCGUCCUUUCGAAGGCAGAUUGACACAUACAAAGGCAAUAUUCGUAACAUGUAUGGUUUGGGCAUAUGUAAUUCCUUGGUCUACCUUGCCGCUUCUAGAAAUUUGGGGUCGCUAUGUUCCAGAGGGCUAUCUCACGUCAUGCACAUUUGAUUACCUCACUAAUACCUUCGACACACGUAUGUUUGUUGGUGCGAUCUUCACAUUCAGUUACGUUCUUCCGAUGAGCCUGAUUAUCUACUAUUAUAGCCAAAUAGUGAGCCAUGUGGUGAAUCACGAGAAAGCACUACGAGAACAGGCCAAAAAGAUGAAUGUUGAUUCACUGCGGUCCAACCAGAGCCAAGCUAAUACUACUGUUGAAGUACGAAUUGCUAAAGCUGCCAUUACAGUAUGCUUUCUGUUCGUCGCAUCUUGGACCCCAUAUGCAGUUUUAGCGUUGAUCGGAGCAUUCGGUAACCAAAGCUUGCUGACACCUGGAGUUACCAUGUUCCCAGCAUGUGCUUGCAAAUUUGUUGCUUGUCUUGAUCCUUAUGUGUAUGCGAUCAGUCACCCAAGGUAUAGAGUAGAGCUGCAGAAACGAUUGCCAUGGUUAGCAAUCACAGAAACUCUACCCUCUGACAACGCUUCGACUACUACUGAAGCCACUUCGACCAAUGCUGCUACGUAAACUAGUGCUUACAAUGUUUUAUGUAUAAUUGUAUCAAAAUUUAGUCUAAAACGAAAUGACCUAUACCAUAUAACGACCAACAUUUGAACAGGGCGAAUAAGCCUAAUGUCAAACACCACGAGUGAGAGUUCAUUUUCCUUUGCUACUUCAGCAAAAAAUAACUCUCACUCGUUCUGUUUGACAUUUGGCUUAUUCACCCUUUUCUAAUGUUGGUCGACAUAUGUCGACUAAUGGCAGGAACAAUGGACAAGAUAACUGGCAACUUAGCCUGCGCUGACCUUCGCUAAAAGUUUAAUUUUUAAAAUAUUGUCUAAAAAUGCGCGCAGAACAUAGUAAACUGUAUAAUUAGGAUCAAUUUGGAAAUCAAUUAGGUGAAACGAAAGCAAUGAUUGGCGCAGUGCUAUAACUAAUAU